AUGGGCUCUUGUAAAGCUUGUGAUUUGGUUGGUGGUCAAAGUGAUCUAACUCAAUAUAUCAUCGAUUAUUAUGAAAGUAUUGGUUAUCAAACUUGUUACUCUGAAAAGUAUAGGACUCCAUUGAAGCGAGCGGAAUCAUAUGUCAAUUGGCCUAAACCAGAAUUAGAUAUAGAAAAGUUGGUAGAUGCUGGAUUCUUUUACAGAGGUGUAAGAGAUUUAGUAUCAUGUUUUCAUUGUGGUCUCAACAUACAUGAAUGGCAAUCAGAUGACGAUCCAUUAAUUGAACACUUGAAGUUUAACGCCAGAUGUGAAUAUCUAUAUGUAAAAUGUGGUACAAUGUUCCUGGCUAACAAGACAUACGGUUAUGACCUACAAGGAGAAAUUCCACUAGCUGAACUAUCAAGAACUGGAAUUGGUCGAUACAACUGUAAAGUUUGUAAAGAGAUGGAAGUUGGAUGUACCUUCUAUCCAUGUGAACAUGCAGUAGCAU